CUUCCUUCAUGGCAGCAUCCAAGGAAGAUACGCUGCCGAUCCUCGCCAAACCCGAGGCGAUGGUGCCUCGCCGGACCAAGGUGAUCUAUGCCGUGGCAGCCGUGGUGGCGUUGAUCGUUGUGUUUGUCGUAAUUAGCCUCGUUCCAGCUGCUCCCCACUCCAAAACCUUGCCGCUGCAUGGAAACCUUCCCAUUCUCACCAAGAAUCCAAUCAUCGGCAUCCAUUCCCAUGAAUCAUCCACCUACCACGACGAAAACAUUGCUGCGUCGUACGUCAAGUGGGUCGAGAGCGCAGGUGGCCGCGCCGUGCGCAUUCCAUACAACGCGUCCAAGAGCGAACUGAGGGCCCUGCUGCAGAGCGUCAAUGGAGUGUUGUUUCCCGGUGGCGAUGGUGACCCAAACGAAGCUGCGGAGAUUAUUUACAAGUACGCGAUCGAGUUGAACGACCACGGGACGUACUUCCCCGUCUGGGGCACGUGUUUGGGCUUUGAGUGGCUGGUGCAGCUGCAGGCCAAGAACAACUCGAUCUUAGACACGGUGGACGCCGCCAACAUUAGCUCGACACUAACGUUCCAGCGGAACGCCAACGCCCCCAGUCGCAUCUUCGCCUUCAGUCCUGUGUUCGACGUGCUGGAAGCGGCCCCACUCACCGACAACUUCCACGACUUUGGCAUCUUUGACACGCACUUCGCCGCCACCGAGUCCCUCACGUCGUUCUACAACCCCGUGGCAACGUCCGUGGACCGCCAAGGCCGCACGUACGUGUCUGUGAUCGAGGCGUACCAGUAUCCGUUUUACGGUACGCAAUUCCACCCCGAGAAGAACGCGUUCGAGUUUGGCGAGUACCCUGACGGGAACCUGUGGAAGUGGAUCGACCACAGCUAUGAAGCGAUCCUGACGUCGCAAGCGUUUGGGCACUUUUUCAUCCAAGAAGCAAGGCGCAACAACCACACGUUUGCCGAUCCCAUUGCCAAGCACAACUCGCUCUUGUACAACGUCCCCACGUCGAACCGAUCGUAUCCUACCUUCGUCGAAGUGCUAGUGUUCCCUUAAGCCCCAUGAACGCUGCUUCAUACACGUGUGUGUGUGGUGUUGCUUCGCAUUACUACUUAACCACGUACACUCCUUCAGGACAAUGAAGGAUGGGCUAAAGCUAAACAGGCGACUUUGCCCCGGAUGCACCAGGUUCAAUGUCAAGCUCAACUUCUGCGUGUUGUCGAGGAUGCGGAGGUCUCCUGUGUGGAGCUGCACCAGCCACUCAAAGGCCAAGCACGCUCCCCACAACGAGAUGUACGUGCCAUUUCGAUUUAGAUCGAGCGCGCGGGCGUACAGAAACGCCGCGGUGGGGCUCGGCUCUGGGUCGCCGCCUGGGAAAAGGAUACCGUUCACGCUGGCCACGAGGCGAAUCAGGUCUGCCUCCGACACGUUCCAUGGAUCCGCACCGCCCUGCCUCCGGCACUUUCAAUACAAUUGAUGUACGACGCCGCAAUGAACUCAUCCCCAGAG